GAGAGAGAGAGAGAGAGAGAAGUUGUGGAAGAAUGGGCUCUUCAAUGCUCUUUGUGAUUCUUCUGUCUGUACUACAGUAUCUCUCUAAUGUGCAGACUCAGGAGAUGCAGGAGCAAGAUGCCCUUUGCAACGAGAACAGCUGUUUAGUAAUCUACUUUCAACGCAAAAUCUUCCUGGAUGCCUGGCGCAGCUGCAGGAAGCAGGGAGGCAACCUUGUCACCAUUAAAAGUCCAGAGGAGGCAGGCUUGAUUGAGACUCUCUUUUCUAACCUGGAACCGAUGGAAAGUACCCGUGUGUUUGUGUGGAUUGGUUUGCAAAGGCAGCCCCGUAAGUGCGCUGCUGGACAUCCCAUGCGAGGCUUCUCCUGGAUUACUGGGGAGGAAGAUACACAUUACACCGACUGGCUGCAAGAUUACUCUCCAAACACCUGCUUAGUUCCACGUUGCGUAAGCAUUGGUUAUAGUAGCUCUGCUCAACAAAGCCAGGACAAUUUCAAGUGGAAAGAUGAACCGUGCUCAAUACCUCUGGAUGGCUAUUUGUGCAGGUACACUUUUUCUGGCAUGUGUCAAGCUAUUUCAAAUGAAGGGUAUGGGAAUGCACUGUACACAACCUCAUUUCACCUUGUCACCUCACUCUUGACUCACAUUCCAUCUGGGUCAGUUGCAACUGUACCCUGCAUGACUUCAGGUGACCAAACAGUAGUGUGUGCUUUACGAGAGGAUGGGACUGUGGGUUGGAACAAAGAUCCUCCUUUCUGCUCUGAAAUUUCCAAGACCACCUGGUGUGAAAAGGAUAAUGGUGGCUGCCACCAUUACUGCUUAGAAGAUGAAAAGCACUACUACUGUGAUUGUAAAGAAGGCUUUCUUUUGGCUCAGGAUGGAAUGAGCUGUUUCCAAACUGACCCCUGUCAAGACUCUCCCUGUGAAUAUGAGUGUCUGACAGUAAUGGACAGUUAUCGCUGUGCCUGCCAAGAGGGGUACAUGCUGGCACCAGAUGAGCAAGGCUGUCUGGAUGUCGAUGAGUGCUUGCAGAGUCCAUGCGAACAGAUCUGCGUAAAUGCCCCAGGCACCUUUGAGUGUCGCUGUCGUGAUGGCUAUAAACCCAAUGAAGAGGGAACUUGUGAGGACAUAGACGAGUGUGCAGAGUCUCCGUGUGAGCAUGAGUGUGACAACAUAAUAGGUUCUUAUGUAUGUUAUUGUCACCUUGGUUUUUCUCCCCUUCCAGGGGAUCCAAGUCGCUGUUAUGAUGUUGAUGAAUGUCAAAUUGAGGGAACCUGUGAGCAAAUGUGUAUAAAUUCCGUUGGAGGAUUUGAAUGUUACUGCGAAGAGGGUUACGAUCUGCAAAGUGACCACUCUUCAUGCAGACCCACCGAUGAGCAGCAAUCUUACACAGUCCCUGCAUCCAUUUAUUCAAUUACAGAUCUUACUAACCAAAUGACAGAAUACCAAGACCCAGAUUACUACAAGCCACUUGAAAGAGAAUACUUGGAUUGGCUUACUGAGCUUCCUAACGUGGUGAUGGUUUCCACUAGUGCUACUCAAGAGGUGACUGAAACUGCUUCAUCAACUGAAAGCCCUGUUGUGACCACUAACAUGCAAUCAGAUAAGAUAAACCAACAAACAGUUGCUGUGGAUGGCUUUUUAUCUUCUACUACUACUACUACUACAACUCCACUGCCAGAAUAUUAUGAGGAUGAAAGUACCACAGAAUUUACCACAAUGUCUCUUACCACUACCAUACCAGGUGGUGCUAGGAAUUGGAUCUGGUCCAGUUCUAGCCGAGAUGAGCUUGAUGAAAUGGGACCUGAACAAACAACCUCCAUCACAGACAGUGAAUAUGAAACUUUUGAUCCGAAUCUUGAUAACGCCAGCAAUGAUUAUGAAUCUCCAACCUCUUUCACUGAAUUACAAACCCCAACACAGCCCCAGGGACCUAAGGAUGGCAGCAGGAAUGAGCAUACUCAGGGCAGCAGCUGGUUGCUGGUUGGAUUGUUGGUACCGCUUUGCAUCUUCAUUGUUGUCAUGGUGGUACUGGGUAUCAUCUACUGCACUCGGUGUACCCCUAAGCCACAGAACAAGAAUUCCACUGAGUGUUACCACUGGAUUGCUGGUGCUGGUGAUAAAGCAGCUGCUGAUAUGUCAAGUGGUGGUGUAACAAAGGUGUAACCAAACUGUGCAAGGACAAGCAAAUGAACAUAUACAUGUACAGUGUUUUGAAAUAUUUACAGCAAAUGAUAGGACAAGGAAAUUAGAUGAAGAACUGUCUUGUAUCAAUACAAUCUUCAAUUAUUCAUAAAGGAUGGAGGAUUAAAUGGAAUAUCUGUUAGUGAUAAGAAAGAGGAAAUGAGAAGAGCUUGGACACUUUUAAGACUGUUUCUCUGCUGUACUCUGCUGAAAGUGAAAAGAACCCAUUCUUUUAUUUCUUCGCCUCCUCAUCCUACCUGUGACAUGGCUGCUUACCUGUUGAGAUCUAGCAGCCCCAAGGUCAUAGCUAAUGUGAAAAGACACCUUAGCCUUGUUUCACAUAUUUAUUAUUAUUAUUAUUAUUAUUAUUGUUGUUGUUGUUGUUGUUGUUGUUUUUUUGUUUGAAACAGCAUUUUGAUCGGAUUAAUGUUCAUGUCUGACAGUAGCCUCAGAGAAGUGUCCUUUUUGUGAAAGUACUCCUGCAUUUGUCUUGAUAUUGAGCUGUACUACUUGUUUCAACUCUCUGAGCCAGAUCUGAUGGAGGACAUUUUCCAAUUGCAACUUAGAAAUAGACCGACUUAGAAGUUUGUGAUUGUUACCGUGGACAUCACUGUGAUCUCUGUGAGUCAUAUUUAACUGCCAGCUAUUAGUGUGAGGUAAUGGUUUAUUAACAAUGUGCCCAAAGCAAGUUAUGAUAAUGACUUUAUUAUUAAGUCACAUCCUCACAUGCACAUAGGCUUGAAAGGAAUUAACUGGGAUGGAGUUCAAAUGAACAUAUGUUUUAUGAGGCUCUUUUUUUUUUACUUGUACAUAUUAUUUGUGGCAUCAUUAUGUUCACACAUACAGUAUACAGUAAAUUACAUGGAUGAUAUUGAUGUGUGACCAAGCAAGCUAUGUCAAAAAAUACUUUUAGUCUGUAAAUAUUGGACAAUUUAUCUUAUGAACACUCAAUGUUGGAGUAAUCAUUAUUUUCUGCAAGUUCCGCACAUUAAAGUAUGAUUCCACUUUA